AUGUCUGGAAAUUCACGAGAUAUAGCUGAAAAAAGAUUUAGGUCAUUAGAAAAAAGAUUAGGAAAUAAUAAAGAACUAAAAGAAAAAUACGUAGAGGUUAUACAAGAAUAUUUAUCAUUAGGACACAUGAGACCAGUAGCAAAAGAUGAUAUGAAGAAAGAUAAAGCUUUUUACUUACCUCAUCAUGCGGUUGUACGCGACGAUAAAACUACUACAAAAGUUCGAGUAGUUUUUAAUACAUCUCAGAAGAACAGUAACGGAGUUUCUUUAAAUGAUAAUCUUAUGGUAGGACCGAAAUUGCAAGCUGACUUAAGGCACACCAUAUUAAGAUGGCGAUUGUAUCCCAUAGCACUGGUAGCAGAUAUAAUUAAAAUGUAUCGUCAAGUCAGAAUUGCUGAAGGAGAUGCAAUGUUCCAACGCAUACUUUGGCGUGAUUGUCAGGAAAAAGAAAUUGUUGACUAUGAACUAACGACAGUCACCUUUGGUACAGCUUCUGCACCUUAUCAAGCCGUUCGGACGUUACACCAAGUUGCUUUUGAUGAAGGAGACAACUAUCCACUUGCAAAAGAUAAAGUACUCAAUUGUUUCUAUAUGGAUGAUCUUAUGACAGGGUGUUACGAAGUGGAUCAAGGAUUAGAAAUAUAUACACAAAUAACAGAAUUAUUAGGUAAAGGUGGAUUUAAAUUGCAAAAAUGGAAUUCUAAUAAUCAGGAAUUAAUAGAAGAAAUUAAGGAAAUGGAGAAUGAGAAAGAUCAAGGACAAUUAUAUAUAAAUAGAAUAAACAAGGACAUAAUUUAUAUGGACAACAUAGACAAGGUUAAAGAAAUAUCACACAAAGAAGUAAAAGAAGUAGAAAUCAAGAUAGAUAGUACAAUAAAAAUAUUAGGACUUACCUGGAACCGCAGCCAAGACACCUUCCAGUACUUAGUUAAUCUUCCACCGCUGACGACUGCAUCUGCAACUAAAAGAUCAAUAAUUUCAAAUAUAGCACGGCUAUUUGAUCCUUUGGGUUGGAUAGCCCCAAGUAUAGUACUAGCAAAGGUAUUCAUACAAAAGUUAUGGCUUACCGGCGUUAGUUGGGAUGAAGAACUAAACGUGGAGUUAGUAAAGGAGUGGAUUGACUAUCGAGAGCAACUGUCACUACUUACCGACGUACGCAUACCUCGUUGGAUAGGCACAAGAUUGAAUCAGAAGCUGGAACUGCAUGGAUUUAGUGACGCUUCGAAGACAGCUUACUCAGCCGUGAUUUAUUUGAGGACCAUUGACCUUGAAGGACCAUCAUUCCUGAAAAAGGACAAUAUAUCCUAUAACAGACCAGAUAAUUUAGACAAAUUAAACUUGGAUUUAGAAGAGUGCGUUAAAUCUUAUGUAACGGUUGUUCCAAAUAAUUCAAUUUUCGAAAGGUCUUCAGUUGAUGAUAAAUUUUUCGAGGACAGCCUACUGGAUAAUUGGAAUUAG